AUGGCUCCAUCGCAACUACAGAUCAAGGUGAAUGCCUUGAAAAGGCUCAUCAAAGAGAAGGAUUUGUACCAACAGGAAGCCACUGAACAAGAGCAAUACGUCAAGCAAAUGAAGGCAAACAAUAGCGACGAAUAUGAAUUAAAGAAACAAGUUGAAGUGCUCGAAGAAAGUCAAAAAAUGGUUCCACAAGUGUCGGAAAAGAUCGCACAGUUAAAGAAAUCCUUACAGGAGUACUUGGAAAACUAUACAGGAGACGAAGAUGUGACUGCUGCUAAAGAAUUGCUUAAUUAA